UCGGACUGAGUUGAGCUUAUUGGACCGGAAGAGUAACCCAAUCUGAGCUAUAUUUCAAUGGAGAAACGGCCAUCGCCGGAAACUAUACAAAUUCGACUGCUCUGCCCAUCAGCAAAAACCGGCGCCCUAAUAGGCAAAGGCGGUUCUGUCAUUCGCCAGCUCCAGUCUCUAACUUCCACCAAAAUCCGCAUCCUCGACGAUCCUUUCGAGGAACGUAUCAUCCAAAUUGUCGCCGAUAACAAACCUCCGGUUUCUAAUAAUGCUGAUAACCCAAACAACAAUUCUAAUGCGGAGCCGAAGCAAGAUUUCAGCGACGAUGGAUGUAAUUCUGCGUCGGGAGGGGGAGGAGGUUCUGGUGGCGGGGAAGAGGAAACUACUUCGUCUUGGUCGCCGUUGCAGAAGGCGGUGAUUAGGGUUUUCGAGAGAAUAGUGAAAGGGGACGCUGCCGAUAACGAAGAAACAGAAAAAGAAAGCGAAAAUCUGGUCGCUUGUUGCAGGAUGCUAUUGGCGUAUAAUCAGGCUGCAUGUUUAUUGGGGAGAGGGGGUUGGUUCUUAGAGAAGAUUGGGCAUGAAAAUGCGACUCAAAUUAGGGCUUUGACUAGAGACCAGAUUCUACCAUGUGCUGCUCCAGGGGAUGAGCUGCUUCAGAUUACAGGCAACUUUUCAGCUGUAAAGAAAGCAAAUUAUCCUUCUAAUCCAGGGCAUGAGAAUGCUGUCCAUAGCAGAGCAGGACUAGAAGAGGAAGUUGUAUUUAAAUUGUUAUGCCAAGCUGACAAGGUUGGUUGUUUGAUAGGUAAAGGUGGCUCUGUGGUACGGGCUUUGCAGUGUGAAACUGGUGCAGCAAUAAAGAUUGCUGAUACUUCUCAUGAUUCAGAAGAGCGGAUUGUAGUGAUAUCUGCACGAGAGCAUGCAGAGCAAAGAUUCUCUCCGGCCCAAGAUGCUGUUGUUCGAGUGCAAUCUAGAAUUGCUGAGAUUGGAUUUGAACCUGGUGCUGCAAUUGUUGCUCGUCUUCUUUUACCUUCACAACAUAUUGGUUAUUUGUUGGGUAAAGGAGGUCAUAUUGUAAAUGAAAUGAGAAGAGCUACUGGUGCUAAUAUAAGGGUAUCUUCAAAAGAACAACUUUCAAAGAGUGUUGGAUCCCAAAAUGAGGAAGUUGUACAGGUCAGUGGUAGUUUACAAUCAGUGCAGGAUGCAUUGUUUCAUAUCACAGGCAGGCUUCGGGAGUCCAUAUUCCCAAUGAAACCUCCUUUUCUUGGUGUUAAUCCUCCGCCCUACUUACCUCCUUUCCCUGAAAUGCCACCUCCAUUAUUCAGGCCAAGACAUAACCAUGCCUCUCCAUGUCCCUAUCCUUCCCCCAGUGGACCUUUUCAUGGCAUGGAUCCUUCUGCUGGUCCUCCCCAACCACUUGAUCACCAACCACCAUUUACACAUGGUAUGGACCACUUGGGUCCCUCUAGCUUAGACCACGCACCGUAUCCCUAUGGUGGUGACAGACAUGGGCAUGGACCCAUGUUUGACAGGCCAUCUUCUCCAGGAUCGUGGACUUCUCAGGCUGCUACACCUAGGGGAGUCUAUGAUGCUGGUUCUGGCUUUGUUGCUAGAAAUGGACGUCCGGGGAGUGGGAAUCAAGCACCCAUUUUGACUAACACGAAGGUUGAGAUUGUGAUUCCUCAAAUAUACUUAUGCCAUGUUUAUGGGGAGAGUAAUAGUAACCUGGGCCACAUCAGGCAGAUUUCUGGAGCAAAUGUGGCUAUUCAUGACCCAAAGCCUGGGGCUGCUGUGGGUUUAGUUGUUGUCUCCGGAACAUGGGAACAGUUACGUACUGCACAAAGCCUUAUUCAAGCCUUUAUCAUUUGUGGACAAACUGCAGCUUGACUAUCUAUUUCAUAUGUUCUUCUGGCAGAUUUCUGGAUAAAAAUUGAUUAUCCAUGAUCCAAUGCCAAGGGCUACUGAGGGUUUAGUUGUUGUGAUCCGAAUCAUCGAAUCGGUUGUGGACUUGUCAGAGCCUUAUUCAAGCUUGGUGAUCUAUUCUCGUAUGUAUGUUGUAAAUUACAUCUUAAAUAUCAUAUUUGGGCUUUAGAAAUAGGAGAAUUUCCUUCUUCGCUUGUGGGGUUAAAAUUAGGU